AUGAAACCCAAAAUCCUCUUCCUCCACGGCUCAGGCACAAACCCCCUCAUCUUCCGGAUCCAAUCCCGCAAUCUUUUGUCCCUGUUAUCUCCCCAUUUCGAGCCCGUCUUCCUCCCCGGCUUCCACGAGUGCGCUCCCGGUCCGGGGGUCUUGCCUUUCUUUGAGGGGGCAGAGCCCUACCUCAAGUGGCUCGAUGAUUCCUCCCCCUCAGAAGAAGAAGUCUGCUGGGCAGAGCUAGAUAGAUUGGUAGCCGAGGUUGAGAAGAAAGGGCCGUUUUUUGGGGUGGUGGGGUUUAGCCAGGGGGCUAAGGCGGGGAUGGAGUUGGUGAGGGAGUUGGAGAGACGGGGGAGGGAGAUGAGCUUUUGGGUUGGGGUUUGUGGGACUGUUCCUUUUCAGGGAGGGGGGGAUGAGGUGAGGGAGGGGGGUUGGAAGGAGAGUUUGGGGUUGGGGAGGGCGGAGAGGACGGAGAGUUUUCAUUUGAUUGGGGGGGAGGAUCCUUGGAGGGGGGAGAGCGAGCGGUUGGUUGGGUUCUUUGGGGAGACGGGGAGACGAGUGAGGAGGUUUGAGGGGGGCCAUCAGAUGCCGCUGGAUAAGGGGGUGAAUAGGGAGGUGGUGGAGUGGAUUUUGGAGGUCUGUCGGAUGUAA